CCAUUUCCGGAUCAGCUGAUCGAGAAUCCGCAGAACUUGCGGAGCCGAUUUGCACGAUUUGUCAAAUGUCACGAAACGUCAAAGGAAAAUCCCGACAGUCUCUCCGAUCACUUUUGACAUAUGGAAUUGUAUCGCGCAGUUAUCCCGCAUGUGUAGUAAACGAAGUGGACGAGACGACGUUCCGUGGACGCUUCAUUUAAAAAUGGCGGAAUAACCGGCCAAUGAUUUUUUUUUUCCCUCAAAUGCGAUGGCGGAACCGAUGGAUGCCGCAAGAACGUCCGUUGUGAAGUCCGCGAAAGACAGGGAGAAGAUAUACGCUGCAGUGUUUUUAAGCGCUGUCACAAGUAUUUCCGCUCUUGCUGGCUUUGCUAGAGCAGUGGGGAUUGCUAAGAAGCAGGAUCCGAAACACUUUGGAGAAGGAAUUUCUGGUAUCAAAGGAGUCCAUGAAACAGGAGCAUCUUUAGCGAUACGAGCCCUGGGCUGGGGCUCACUUUGGGCUAUCACAGGAUGCGGUUUGUUUUUCUACGGAAUCUGGAAAAUUUCUGGAGCCACUAAUGCGGAAGAAUUUAGAUUGAAAAUGGGUUCUUUGUUACCAAAGAUACCAAAGAAUAAUCCACCUCAAAGCAGAACAGAAUUCGAGGGCUUGACAGAUCUAUUAAUGUACAUCUCUGAAGAUUGGGGACAAAAUAAAGAGGAAUAAAGAUUUGAAUUACAUACGGAAUAUCUUGUUUGUGACCACCAGGUCACUGCUGACAUCUAAUAAUUUUGUAAAUUACGUAUCAGUCGAGAAUCGUAUGAUCGUACACGUGAAUCACGCACGAGUUCAUUGCAUGUUAAAAAAGAAACUCAUUGUACAUAUGUUACAAAGGUUGAAUGAAUGUUGAGCGUAACUCGUAAAUUAAUUUAGCGAAUGUUAACUUGUGAAUAAAUAUAUAUAUUUUAUA